AAGAAGGGAACGGGGCGUGGCAGGGCUCACUCGCGGGCUGCGUGGGGCUUACAGAGCCCUGGUACGCGGGUUUCGGGGGCGGGAACGCGCGGUUCUGGGACCCGGGCCGCCGGGUGCGGGAGAUGGCUGCGCGAUGGAGCAGCGAGAACGUGGUGGUGGAGUUUCGCGACUCUCAGGCAACUGCAAUGUCUGUGGACUGUCUGGGGCAGCAUGCGGUGCUUUCUGGCCGCCGAUUCCUAUACAUCGUUAAUCUAGAUGCCCCUUUCGAAGGUCACCGAAAGAUCUCUCGCCAGAGCAAAUGGGACAUUGGAGCUGUGCAGUGGAAUCCUCAUGAUGGCUUCGCACACUAUUUUGCAGCUUCGAGUAACCAACGGGUCGACCUUUAUAAGUGGAAAGAUGGCAGUGGGGAAGUUGGCACAACCUUACAAGGCCAUACACGUGUAAUCAGCGACUUGGACUGGGCAGUGUUUGAGCCAGAUCUCCUGGUUACCAGCUCUGUGGACACCUACAUCUACGUUUGGGAUAUCAAGGACACAAGGAAACCUACCAUUGCACUGUCUGCUGUAGCGGGUGCCUCCCAGGUCAAAUGGAAUAAAAAAAAUGCUAAUUGCCUUGCUACCAGUCAUGACGGGGAUGUACGGAUAUGGGACAAGCGGAAACCCAGUAUAGCAGUGGAAUAUCUAGCAGCCCACCUCUCCAAAAUCCAUGGCCUGGACUGGCACCCUGACAGUGAGCACAUUCUUGCUACCUCCAGUCAAGACAACUCUGUCAAGUUCUGGGAUUACCGCCAGCCUCGGAAAUACCUCAAUAUUCUCCCUUGCCAGGUGCCUGUCUGGAAGGCCAGAUACACUCCUUUCAGCAAUGGAUUAGUGACUGUGAUGGUUCCCCAGCUUCGGAGGGAGAAUAGCCUUCUCUUGUGGAAUGUCUUUGACUUGAACACCCCAGUCCAUACCUUUGUGGGGCACGAUGAUGUGGUGCUGGAGUUCCAGUGGAGGAAACAGAAGGAAGGGUCCAAGGACUACCAACUGGUUACAUGGUCACGGGAUCAGACUUUGAGAAUGUGGCGGGUAGAUUCCCAGAUGCAGAGGCUCUGUGCAAAUGACAUAUUAGAUGGUGUUGAUGAGUUCAUUGAGAGCAUUUCUCUUCUGCCGGAACCAGAGAAGAUCCUUCACACUCAAGACACAGAUCACCAGCACAUCUCAAGCCAUGGAGAGGAGGAAGUCUUAAAGGAAGACCCCCCAAGCAAUCUCCUGGAAGAGAAGAAAUCAGAUCAACUGGGACUGCCUCAGACUCUGCAGCAGGAGUUCUCCCUGAUCAAUGUGCAGAUCCGGAAUGUCAAUGUGGAGAUGGACGCAGCAGACAGGAGCUGUACCGUGUCUGUGCACUGUAGCAGUCAUCGCGUCAAGAUGCUGGUGAAGUUCCCUGCACAGUACCCAAACAACGCUGCCCCUUCCUUCCAGUUUAUCAACCCCACAACCAUCACAUCCACAAUGAAAGCUAAGCUGCUAAAGAUCCUGAAAGACACGUCCCUGCAAAAAGUGAAACGCAACCAGAGUUGUCUGGAACCCUGCCUGCGCCAGCUUGUCUCCUGUCUUGAGUCUUUUGUGAACCAAGAAGACAGUGCUUCCAGCAACCCCUUUGCACUCCCGAACUCUGUCACACCACCGUUACCCACGUUUGCCCGGGUAACCACUGCCUAUGGGUCAUACCAGGAUGCCAAUAUUCCUUUUCCUAGGACCUCGGGGGCCAGGUUCUGUGGAGCAGGUUAUCUGGUGUAUUUCACAAGGCCUAUGACGAUGCAUCGAGCAGUGUCUCCAACAGAACCUACUCCGAGAUCACUCUCAGCCUUGUCUGCUUAUCAUACUGGCUUGAUUGCGCCAAUGAAGAUCCGCACAGAGGCUCCUGGGAACCUUCGUUUAUACAGUGGGAGCCCCACUCGCAGUGAGAAAGAGCAGGUCUCCAUCAGCUCCUUCUACUACAAGGAGCGGAUGUCUCCUCGCUCUGCCCGGCGACGUUGGUCCAUACAAGCAAUUAACGACUUCCCGAAAUCAAGGAGAUGGAAAAGUAAGCGCGAGGGAUCGGACUCGGGCAAUCGACCAAUCAAGGCUGCUGGGAAAGUUAUCAUCCAGGAUAUUGCAUGCCUUCUUCCUGUUCACAAGUCAUUGGGAGAAUUGUACAUAUUGAAUGUAAAUGAUAUCCAAGAAACGUGUCAGAAGAAUGCCACUUCCGCCUUGCUUGUUGGAAGGAAGGAUCUUGUUCAGGUUUGGUCACUGGCUACGGUAGCUACAGAUCUUUGCCUUGGUCCGAAAUCUGACCCGGAUUUGGAAACACCCUGGGCUCGACAUCCAUUCGGGCGACAGCUGCUGGAAUCCCUGUUGGCUCAUUACUGCCGACUCCGGGAUGUCCAGACAUUGGCUAUGCUCUGCAGCGUGUUUGAAGCCCAGUCUCGGCCUCAGGGAAUACCAAACCCUUUUGUGCCUUUUCCCAGUCGUUCAUCAAAUCUUGUGGUGUCCCAUAGUCGAUACCCCAGCUUCACCUCCUCUGGUUCCUGCUCAAGCAUGUCAGACCCAGGGCUCAACACCGGUGGCUGGAACAUAGCAGGGAGAGAGAUAGAACAUAUAUCUUCACCUUGGGGAGAGUCCUCACCAGAAGAAAUCCGUUUUGGGAGUCUGACUUAUAGUGAUCCUCGUGAACGAGAACGUGACCAGCAUGAUAAAAAUAAAAGGCUCCUGGACCCUGCCAACACCCAGCAAUUUGAUGACUUUAAGAAAUGCUAUGGAGAAAUCCUCUAUCGCUGGGGUCUGAGAGAAAAGAGAGCUGAAGUGCUGAAGUUUGUGUCAUGUCCCCCUGACCCCCACAAAGGAAUUGCAAAAGGAAAAUGAGAUGGCAUCGCAGCAUUGACAUAACAAGUCUCCAUUGCCACUGUGCAGGUUGGCUGAGCUCUGGUAAGUUUCUUCACUCUUCAUUUGGGCUUCUUCCCAAACUUUGCCCCAUGUUUAUCUGUGUUCCAACUGGUUAUGACUUAGAUAUCCACCAAUUCUUCAGAAUAAUUUUCAAUGCUUCACAUUUUGUAUGUGCUAGGAAAAAGUUCCUUCUUUUUGGUAUUUCUACUGAAACUUAUAUUUGUUUCUUAGAAUUUUACAAUUCCAGAUUGAUUAACUUAAGAAAUACAGCUUCAUGUAUCAAAAUGUGUUGUACAUCAUCACUGUGUUUUAAAAUGCAGGUCAGGACCCACUAAUGGAUUGUGAAAUCAAUUUAGUAGACAAAAACCACUAAAAAAAGUGAAAUAGAGUAGAAGAGAAAUGAUCAGAUUUGCCAUACAUAGGGUAAUGUUUUGUGUAACUUUUUACCACUGUAUACGCACAAACUUGCACACUUGUAUAGUGCAUCACGUUGUAAAUUGAUUUCUCACUGAGGCUUGUGGUCAAAACAUUUUCAAAACACUGUUUGAGAUGAUGUUUAGAUUUUGUCCCCUGUGUUACUGGGUGCAAACCACAGUGAUGUAAGAGAAGCCUAGAUCCCGUACAGUCAGAGCAGAGGUUUAACCCUGGGUUCUGAUGUGAGGGCACAUUGGGGGGCUGAUAAAGGAGGCAGCCAAGGAAACCUGAAGUUGUGCACUGCUUGCCUUUCACUGGUUUGUGUUGAUGCUGUAAUGGUGAUCGUGGAAGAGGCUGACUAAUUUACACUGAGGUAAAGGAUCUUUUGUGUUUCUCAGUGAAAUCACACCAUUUGCAGAGAACAACCUUUUCCUGUUCUCCACUGGUCAAACUGAUGUAAAAAUCUGUCCCUACCUGUCCCCAUCAAGAAAUAGAUGUGUUUAAGGGCCGGCUGAGUGGCUCAGUUGGUUAAGAGGUCGCUCAAGGGUUUGAGCUCUGAGCAG